GCUUGACCUCUUCCCUCACAACGCUUCCCUCGGGAUUAUCCCAAGUUAUCGCUAUCUGUAUCACCUUAUCUCUUGUAAUUUGCUAAAGCAUCUCUCAAAUCCCUCACCUCUCAACGCUUACCUACUGAUAUAACCUAUCCAUCAUCCGCCUCCUCCCACCAGCACCUCACUCAUCACCAUAGCAUUACCCCUAACCAGCAGCCAGCAUCUACUCACUGGCCACGAUACGAUUUUGUCCCUAUCGUUCUGAGUUUCCCUGGCAUUUUUUUUCAGUCUUGUCCUUCCUUAUCGGGACCUGAGCUUUCAUGUAGGAAUGGCGUCGUCGGAUAAGAAGUGCCGUGCUGGAAGUGACUAGAGUCGCUUCUGUUCAGGAGGAACUUUUAGUCGACUCAAAGUCAUCUGACUCCUGACGUUUCCUAGAAAGUGGUUUUUUUAAGAUCGACUAGUAGUAAGAGCUCGUCGUCCGUAUGCAGGAGCGUUCGCAUACGCACGCGUGCUUCGUACCAGAACCGACGAUUUGGUUGAAAAGCUUCCCGAUUUGGGAAGCAAAAAGCGGUAGGAAGGCUUCUGCUGUCGUAUACUCCUUAGGGCUGCGUAUUGCCUAGAACCUAACUUAACUGUAACUGCCUUAAUCUCCAAGUAGCAAUGGACGGUUAUGGCCAACACUCGGCUCAGCAGCAAUACCAGCCUUCUCAGCAGCAGCAGCAGCAGCAGCAACAGCAACAGUCUCAGCAGUACCAGCAGCAGCAGCAGCAGCCGCCGCAGCCGCAGCAACAGAUGGCGUAUCAGCAGCAACCGCAGCAGCAGCAGCAGCCGUACGUGCAGCAGCAGCAGUUUCAGCAACAGCCGCAGCAGCAGCAGCAGCCUCAACAGAAUUGGAGUGGUGGGAAUGCACCGUCUGGUCAAGGAAUGGCGGACAACUACGGUUCCUAUCAGGGCGCAACACCCGGCCAGCGCAUUCUAGCAACGGCGGGCCUCCUGGGGCCCACCUCCAUGAUGGGGGUUUCCCCCGUUCCCCCCGGCGCAACUCCGAGCGCGGGGGGAGCAGUUCCAGGGGGAGGAGCCGGUGCGCCUGCUUCCGCGCAGCAGCAGCCCGCGGACGUGCAAGCGCAGGUGGCGCUGCUGGCGGGCCAAUUAGACGACGCCACGCUGCUGCGUCUACUGCAGCAGCGCGCAGCGCAGGGCUCGCUGCUAACGAGCGUAGCCGCGGGAUUCGGUCUCACGAGCGCAGGAGGCGGAGCUCCCCCCGGCGCGCCUGGCGGAGGCCCAGGGGGGCCUGGCCGACCUGGCGCUCCCGCGGGUGCUCCUGGCGCGCAAGGAGUGGCUCCGCCGGGUCCGGGGGGACCUGCGUCAGGAGGACCAGGGGGAGGGCCUCCCGGAGGUCCGGGAGGACAAGGGGGGCAGAUGUUAGGUCCGCAAGGGGGGGCGCAGGUAGGGGGAGGAGGGGGAGUGGGCGGAGGGAUGGGGCUGAAGGUGCCUCAGUUUCGGCAGCAACCACAUGCCCAGGACACCCCCCCAGCCCCAGCGUUCAACGGACUCGUAUCAAAUCCGCCGCCGAUGCAACCCCAGCACCCCACUUCCAUGCAACCUCAACACGCCAACUCCCUGCAGCCGCAGCAGCAGCAGCAGCAGCCUCCCAUGCCCCACCACCCACCCUCCACCCAUCAGCAGCAGCAGCAGCCCACUUUGCAGUCCUCCAACUCCUUUCACCAGGGGAUGUCUCAGCCGCCCAGCUCACUCCCCCAGCCACACUCUCAGAUACAGACAAUUCCGGCCGCCGGCGACGCUCCCCCCUCUCUCAUGCCCUCACAGUCGAGUGCUGGCGUGGGGGGAGUGGGGGGAGGCGCGCAGGGGGGUGGGGGAGCAGGGGGAAGUGCAGGGGGUGGGGGAGGCGGGGGAGGAGGAGGAGGGGGAGGAGGGGGGAAACCGAGGGCAAGGGCGAGACGAGGGCAAGCAACGGACCCUCACAGCAUUGCAGAGAGACUGCGCCGAGAGCGCAUAGCUGAGCGGAUGCGCGCCCUGCAGGACUUAGUGCCCAACUCUAAUCGUGUGGAUAAGGCAUCCAUGCUGGAUGACAUCAUCGACUAUGUCAAGUUCCUGCAGCUGCAAGUCAAGGUGCUCAACCUGAAUCGCCUGGCCGGCCCUGCAGCCGAUGCUGUUGUCACUCUACUGGCUGACUUGAACCCCGAGGAAAUCGAUGAUGGGCUCUCAUCCUUCUCGCAGCAGGAGCUCACACUUAUGGAACGACAGGUAGCACUGCUUAUGGAGCAGGAUAUGGGAGCAGCCAUGCAGUACCUGCAGAGCAAGGGCCUCUGCCUCAUUCCUCUAGGGCUUGCAAAUAUGAUGUCCAAGAGUAAAGGGGAGGACGGAGGGGAGGAGAGGGGAGGAGAGGGGGGUGGUGGUGGAGGGGGAGGGGGAGGGGAGGGGGGAGGUGGAGGAGGAAGAGGUGGAGGAGGUGGAGGAGGGGGAGAGUGGGGAGGAGGUGGGGUGGGAGGGAGUAUGACUGCCCCUGGCGGACUGAAUGGGGUUAGUGUUGGAGGGGGAGGUGGGCUAGGAGGAGAGGGGGGAGGAGGGAGAGGCAGCGGAGCAGGUGGGGGAGGAGGGGAGAUGGAUGUGAAGGUCGGUCCUAUGCAGAUGACUGGAGCAGCAGCAGCAGCUCCCGGAGGCUCUCCUGCUCUUGCUCCUGUAAUGGCUGCUGCUGCUGCUGCCACCCCAACUGCUGUGCCUACUCUUACUAACCAAGCUGCUGCUGCCGGGCCCACUUCUGCAGGAGCAGGAGGCCCUUGGAUGGCUGCACUGACUACUACUGCUAGCGAAUCGCCUGCAAAAGGGGCUGCUGCUGGUGUGACAGGAUCGCCCGUGCUGUCCCCAGCAACUGCAGGAGCAGCAGCAGCAGCAGCAGCAGCAGCCGCAGGAGCGUCCGCUGUACCAGCAGCAGCAGCAGCAGCAGCAGCAGCAGCAGCAGCAGGGGCAUCGGUAGGGGUGGCACCUGGUAGCGCCUCUGACUCUCCUGCCGUUGCACCAAGAGCAGCAGCGCUACCGGCAGCCGGAGGAGCAGGAGGACCGGCAAAUGGAGGGACUGGGUCCCCGUGUGUGAAAAUGGAGGAGGUGGAAGAAUGUGGGGGUGAGCGGGCUGAUGGGGUGGUGGCAGGAGGAGGAGCAGGAGCAGGCGCAACUGGAGUAGCAGCAGGAGGAGGUGGUGAGGGUGCGGGGGAUAAGGCUGAGAAUAAGGGCAGCCCUAUGCAGGGAGGUCCUAUUGGAGAGGGAAGUUGUGCCAUGAAGCAAUUUGGGCUGAAUGGUAUGGUGGCUGCAGCUGUUGCUGGUGCUGCUGCUGGGGGUGUUUCUGCCGUUGCUGGGGAUGCUGGAGCGUCUGCUAUGGAGGGGAUUACAACAGCAUCGUAAUGAACUAUUAUGAAAGCUAAAUGAGAUACUUGUAUGCACUGUGUGUGCUUUGCUGACAUGUUGUGCGUGUGCCUCCUGACUCCUACUCCUGAACAAGGAGGUGGUUGUGGUUGUGCUGCUGUUGGUGUGUGACACCCCAUUAUUAUCCCCUUCUCAUUCCUAGAAAGGCUGUAGCUCUUGAGACAAUAGGAAGGUGUCAAACAUAUUUGUAUAUGUUAUAGUAGGCUAGAUGGUGCAUGCUUUUAGAGGGUACAACCGCUUGAACAGAAUCAUCCUGUAUGCCUCAUUCUA